UGUUCCAGAAGGUUUGUCCUGGUGAGAAGGACUGUGUGUUUAGUUUAGAGAGAAGACAUGAAGAGGAGAAGAACUUGGGCCAGACCCCUACGUGGUGAUGAUGAUGAUGAUGAAGAGGAGGAAGAAGAAAGUACUUCUGACAGAAGAGAUAGUUUAAGGAAACGAACGAAAGUCAAUUACUGCACUGCUGUUGAUGGAGAGGAUGAGGAAGAGAGGGAAGACGAAUAUAAGGAGGAGGAAGAUGAGGAUGAGGAUGAGGAGGAAGAUGAACACAGCCAGAAGACACUAGAAAACAACCCUUUACUUGUAACCUGUGGAACCAAAAAGGGAAUGAUGGAUGCAGAAAAACUGCACAGAGGUGAACCAUGCAUUGAGUAUGAGGGCGACUUCUUCACUCCACCUGAAUUUGAGGACAUUGCGGGGAAAAGCAGAGCAAAGAAAUGGAAAACAAGUAUUCUCUGUAAGAGGAAACCUCUGCAGUAUUAUUUUGAUAAAGAGCUGCUGACCACGGUGGGAUACCACAGGAGAAGGAGGGAAUCAGCGAAGCAAACCACAGCAUCAGGUCGUGAGUCUCCGUUCAGUGACGAGGAAUCAAUUGCGAGCAAAAAUGGCAGGUUUCAAAACAUUCCAAUGAGCUUCAUUCACGAGUGGAAACAAAACCCACAGGGAGCAGGCAGCGGUUAACCAGAGUACAGAAUCACAGACAACAAAUAGAAGAAAGAAAAUGAAACAAUACAAAAGGUUCAAGAAAUAAAAGUAAAUAAAUGCACAUAGCAGAAGAGAGCUCAGCCAGAAAAUAAACCCUCUGAAGGUUUCUUUAACCAUAACUUAAACCAGAAUACGUUUUAAAACAGAGCAGUAGUAACUGAGAAGACGUUAAAGAUGAAAACUUUGCUUCCAGACGGUGAGAACAUGGUGAUGCUGAUAGAAGAUAGCGAGGAUGAAGCUGAAAAUGACGGAAAGGCCAGAGACUCAGCUGAGAGUAAAGAAGAGCAAGAUGAAGUGAAAACUGGAGAAAUGAAAGACGAGGAGGUGACUGAAGUUGCUGAUAUCCAUGUAGACAACGUUGCUACUGACGAAGUAAUACAAUCGAUUGCAGCAGAAUUUCAUAAACAAAUAGCACAGAAGAAACAACUAAAGGUAGCCCUCAAGAGGAUUCAGCUGGUAGUCAGCCCAGCAGAAGAGUCGCACUCCUGUACUCCACCUCAGACCAGAAGUGAUGGUCAGACCAGCCCCAUGGAGCUUCCAGAAGAAGAGUGUUUGUGUGAGGAUGAGGAUGCUCACAGUGAUAAGGAGGAUGAACACAACAGUCCAGCAGCAGCCGCCGACUCUCCAGCUGCUCCUGCUGAUUCUUCACAGAUAUCAGAUCCUCUCCUCACUGCAGAUGUUCCAGGCCCUUCAGCAUCACCUCUGAUUGUGCAGAAUGAGGAUCCAGGAGAGACGGAUGUCCCCAGCUCUGGCCUCGAUACAGCACAGUCCCAAGGGAUAAAACAAGAGACGAGCAGUCCCCAAAAACCCGAAGCCUCAGACUACAGUCCAGUGAAACCAUCCCUUCAUACCGGACCCUACAUUCUGGAGACCUCCACCAUUAAGACCUCAGACUACAUUCAGGAGGAACCAUCCCUUCAUACUGGACCCUACAUUCUGGAGACCUCCACCAUUAAGACCUCAGAUGAUGUUCAGGAGGCCCCAACCAUUAAGACCUGUCAGGAGGAACCAUCCCUUAAUGCUGGACCCUACAUUCAGGAGGAACCAGCCAAUCAUCUACCAUCAGGACCUUCUUUUGAUGAAGACACAAUAGACGUUGAUCAACUGAAGAGAGAAAAACUAAAAAUGCAGUUAAAAGUUUUAAAAUUACAAGAGGAAUAUUACACAUUGAAAAUUAUGAAAUUAAAAGAAUGAAAACGAGUGACAAGAGAUUAAGUUCAAGUUCAAGGAAUCUUUAUUGUCCCCGUGGGGGUGAAAGUUGACAAAGAAUGAGAAAAGGCUGCAUGACAAACUCAGUGACAAUGAUGUGGAAUGAUGACUGGUGUUAUAGGUUUACAAAAAGACAUGAAAGUAUGACUAUUAAAUGUGGUUUACAGGUACAUCUAAGCCUCCUUCAUUAUUUAUGUUUUAUCGUAGAACAGUUCCGUGAAGCAACAGUGGUCUGUAAAUUCUAGCCUUGAAGUUUUAAGGAAACAGAUCUAUUUAAUUAUUCAUUAAUGAAAUACCAAAGGUAUUAUUUCUUCCCCAAAAAGAAAUGCUUUUUGAGGCCCUAAACAUUGCUAAAAACUUGAAAAUCAGAACUGGUGAAAAUUUUGAUAUUUUAGAGGAAUUUCACGUUUGUGGCAAAAUAGUUGAACAGCGCCCCCUGCAGUAUUAGGAACACCGGGCCCUGCAGCACGUUGCACAUAGACCUAUGAUAUUUGUGU